UAACCGUAGUUGCUUUAUUGUCCUCGACCAAAUACGAAAAUAAACCUCACGCUUUCUUUCCGGCGUCACCAUUUUUAUUAUUGGCAAGCGCUGCUAGUAUAUAUCACAAAGACAUCCUCUGAGUGACCAACUGAACAUGUUUGUAAAUAUAGUAUAAAAAAAUAGAUAAAUUUUUCGCCAUAGUUGCCAAUUCCUGGAGUUUUACUAAACUGAGGGCACGAAAGUCAAUAAAAUUUGACAUCUGUACAAAAAAAGAGAAAAACGUCCAAUCAUGAAUUCCGGGGUCUCACGGAAAGGUUAUAAAAGAAUCUGGGAAGAAGCUCGGCAUCCUCCCCGCACACUGCUCACUGUCCGUCGUAAAUUUAUCAUUCUUAUGGUGCGAUCUCAGCUAAACGACGUCUCGAACCCGGCUAUCGCCCCACAAGGAUCGCCAGCGUGGGUCCGCCAACUCCACGAAUUGGUCUUCCAACACGACAACGAAGUCAGCCACGGCGACAUUAAACGCUGGAUUAAAAACCACACUUGGAUCGCGAAUACGGCGAAUGAUCAUAUCCCUGGAAUGCAGUCUUUCUGGGACUGCGUUAACAACCGAGUUACCCAGUUGGGAACUAUGUCGCAUAGUUUCCCCCGUGAAUUUCUAAAUACUCUGGAUCUUCCAAACGUGGGUAAUCACAACAUUGAGGUUACGAAGGAGGGCGUGAAUUGCCUCAUUGAUAACCCAGGCGUGGAGUUGCUCAGUGAGGGUCAAAACCAUAACCAUCAUAAUUCUCAAAGGAUUGAGGAUAAUGUGGAAAAUAGAGAUAGAGGUCCCACAAUUCUUGGAAGAAAUGUAUAUUGUCGAGGUCAAUCCCAACCACCUGUACUCAUUCCAUACUACGACCAGCCCUUCGUUCAAUACGACGAUGAUGCAGAGGCCCCCCUCAAUCUGACCAUGUAUCCACCAAUCCAACAAGAAACGGGGACCAAUCUGCAACUACGUGACGACGAACAACGACGGCUAGAACAACAAGAUCGCGAAUUAGGGCAGGAUGACCAAGGGCAGGAACAACUUCAGCCAGUCGACAUGAGCAUGAACGCUGACCAACAUCAGGACAACGCAAUUAGCAGCAAUAACACCCUUCCAUCCGGACAAGGAGACACACCAGCGUCGCCCAAUGCAGUCCCUGCUAUCUCCCAACCUAAAGACUCCAGCCCCUUGCACAGAUUAGAAGAGAUUUUCGAGUCAGUCCUUGCCCUCGCCAACCUUUGUAAUGCCUUGGAUGAGAUCCAUGAGAUCCAGCCCGAAACAAAACAAACCCUGCAACACAUCUACAGGGUGGUUGCCAGAAAACAUGCCCGUGAAGUGAUUCGUUUCCCGUAUGAGGUGUUGCGCGCUCGAGAACAGCGGCGAAUCAAGGAGGAAGCUUUUGAGGCCUCAACAAGGGAAGGGGGAACGGAUUCAACCCCUUUAAGGGGCUUAGGCCGAUAUAAGCAAAGAGCAGAAGUGGUAGUGGUCAACUUGAUGACACCACCACGAAGACCAACUCCAGACGCCUUCCUCACUUCUAAACAUGGCGAACCCACUCCGGUGGAGGUCCUUCAGGUUGACUGAAUUAACAAGAUAUGACAUUAUGAAACGUUAGAGUAGUAAAUUAAUCGUCUUUUUAAAAACUCUGCUUAUUCUGCAGUGCAAAUUCAUGGUUCUGGUAGUUUAAUAAUUUUAAAUUGGUGCGUAUUUUUUUACGAAUUAUGCAGCUGAAUUAGUGAAAAAUGAAUUUAAUAGCCGAUAGUGGCAGGAUACAAUAGUCCUAAUCUCAUGAUGAUAAUGAAUUAAUGAUGAUGAAUGAUGAAUUAAUGAUGAAAUGAAUUACUGAUGAAAUGAAUUAACGACAUUAGUAUAUAGACCGACGAGCAGCAUUUGAUAUGGUGUACUUUUAAUAAGAAAAAAAGUUUUUAAUAAAACAUUGACACAUUUA